UUCCUCAAGAAAUAGAGAUAAUCUCUGCCAUUUCUUAUUAUGUAUUUCUUUAGCUCUUCAUGUACCAUGAAUUCUUUUGCUGUAAUAUUGAUUAUUGGCUUAGUUUCUUCAAGAAUUGCUUCCCAGGUUGUUGGGAGCAGUUUCAAUGUCCUGGAUUAUGGAGCUACUGGGGAUGGCAGUACAGAUGAUUCACAGGCAUUUUUGAAUGCAUGGAAAGAUGCAUGCUCUUCAGCUGCAGGAUCUCCCCUACUCAUCAUCCCUCAAAACCUCAAGUUCUUGGUUCAUCCAAUCACUUUUAGUGGCCCUUGCAAUUCUGAGAAAAUUAAUUUUGCGAUAAUGGGAACAAUUUUGGCUCCCGCCUCACCAAGCAUAUGGGGAGAUGGGGAUCCAAGCCAGUGGCUCGCAUUCCAAGACGUUACCGGGCUCAACAUCUAUGGCUCGGGAACAAUUGAUGGACAAGGAAAAGUCUGGUGGGAUCAAUCUUGUCGAGAUCAUCCGGGUUUGGAAGGGUGCAAAGGCUUGGCCCCAACUGCAUUAAAGCUGAUUUCUUGCAAUGAAGGGUCUCUCAGCAACAUUAUGUUCAGCAACAGUCCUCAAUCUCAUGUACUCAUCUAUGGCUGCAAUGAUUUUAGGGUUGACAGUGUAGCCAUACAAUCUCCCGAAGACAGUCCUAACACCGAUGGCAUUCAUAUUCAGUCUUCCCACCAAUUAUCCAUCACCAAUUCCAAAAUAAGUACAGGGGACGAUUGUGUUUCUAUUGGAGACUACACGUCAAACGUUGAGAUUAACUUUCUUUCUUGUGGUCCUGGCCAUGGCAUUAGUAUUGGAAGCUUGGGGAAAUCUGGUAAUGAGGUACAAGUGGAGAACAUUCAUGUCAGCAAUGCUUUCUUAUAUGGGACAACCAAUGGAGCUCGGAUCAAGACAUGGCAGGCUGGGAAAGGGUAUGUCAGAAAUGUCAUAUUUGAGAAUCUUAUACUUCACACAGUCAACAACCCCAUAAUCAUUGAUCAACACUACUGUGACGACCCAGGCGCCUGCCAGGAAACGGGAAGUGGAGUCCAAAUCAGUGAUGUUACGUUUCGGAACAUAUAUGGAACAUCAGGCACAGAUGUGACGGUAAACCUGAAUUGCAGCAAAGUCGUACCCUGCAAAGACAUACACCUGCAGUUUGUUCAAUUAGCGGCAGCACAACCUGGGAAUCUUGCUACUGCUAGCUGUAACAAUGCUUAUGGGCAGGAAUUUAUAGUUGUACCUGGUCCUUGCUUGAUCUAAUCUUGAGCUUCAUAUCUAUUAUGUUAUGAACAAUCAAUCAAUGAUUACAAUUACAAGGCAAGAUGUAUUGGUAUAAAUCUUGAUUGCUGGAAA